UUAAUCCUGGCAGCUUUCGCUGAGCGGGCUCAGAGCUACGCGGCGCUCCCGGGGCGCUUUCCCUCUCUGGCGGUUCACUAUUUUCUUCAGUCCCGGUACUUUCCGUAGCGAGGGGCCUGAAUUUCACCUCCUGGACCCAAGAGUCUUAAGCUCCUUCUUCCUGGGGUUUGCUUCCCGGUUUCCCGGCUCCGACGCACUACCCUCGGAUUCCAGGACCCAGGGUCCUCGGUUCCCGAAGCCAGACGUCCCGAAUCUUCGCCACCUGGAUUUAGCUUCCUGCCAACUUCCGCCGCCAAGGCGCUCCCUACCUCCGCGAGCCAACCAAGGACCUCACGUCCUAGUCUGAAAAACUGUAUGCCCAACGCCCAGGGCUGAGAAAGCCAGGCGCUUGGGGGCGUCCGACGCCGCCGGCCAGAGCACAGGAGCCGCAACGCCCUGUCCUGAGAGCAGCUCAGCUCCCAACUCCAAGGCAUCCUGCAAGGUCGCAGUCUCUGGGCGCUCUAACCCCACUCUCCACCCUAAGGACGGGCGUCCUGGGAGAGAGCCCCCAAACGCUCCCCAAUUCCUGGCGUCUAGGAACCCGGCGCAGCCCAUCAUGGUGGUCGAUCCCCCCAAGGCCGACCCCAAGGGGUUCACGGCGGCGGAGCCUACCGCCAACAGUGGCCCAGAGCUGGGUCUCACAGAGGACCGAGGCGCGACGGCCGGUAGCUGCUGCCUUUCCCGCCGCCAGGUGCGUCGCUUCCUGCGAUCCAACCUUCUGGUGCUGCUGACCGUAGCAGCCGUGGUGACCGGCGUGGCGCUGGGUUUGGGGGUGUCGGGGGCCAACGGCACGAUAAGACCCGAUCGCUUGGUAAUCUUCGCCUUCCCAGGAGAGCUGCUCCUGCGCCUGCUGAAGAUGAUUAUCCUGCCGCUGGUGGUGUGCAGCCUUAUCAGCGGCGCCGCCAGCCUGGACCCCAGCGCGCUCGGGCGCCUGGGCGCCUGGGUGCUGCUCUUUUUUCUGGUAACCACACUACUCGCGUCGGCGCUCGGCGUGGGCUUGGCUUUGGCGCUACAGCCGGGUGCCGCCUUUGCUGCCCUCAACACCUCUGUCACCCAGCCCGCGGAAGAGCCCCCCAGCAAGGAGGUGGUGGAUUCGUUCCUGGAUCUUGUAAGAAACAUCUUCCCCUCCAACCUGGUAUCUGCAGCCUUCAAAUCAUACACCACCGUCUAUCAACACAGACCGUUCAACCACACCAUGGUGAAGGUGCCCUUGGGAAUGGAGGUGGAUGGCAUGAACAUCCUGGGCCUGGUAGUGUUUGCCAUUGUCUUUGGUGUGGCUCUGCGGAAGCUGGGGCCUGAGGGAGAGCUGCUCAUCCAGUUCUUCAACUCCUUCAAUGAUGCUACCAUGGUGCUGGUCUCCUGGAUCAUGUGGUAUGCUCCUGUGGGCAUCUUGUUCCUGGUGGCCAGCAAGAUCAUGGAGAUAGAGGACGUGGGGCAGCUCUUCACCAAACUUGGCAAAUACAUCUUGUGCUGUGUGGUGGGCCACGCCAUCCAUGGGCUCCUGGUCCUGCCUCUCAUCUACUUCCUCUUCACACGCAAAAACCCUUACCGCUUCCUGUGGGGCAUCAUGACGCCACUGGCCACCGCCUUCGGGACCUCUUCCAGCUCGGCCACACUGCCCUUGAUGAUGAAGUACGUGGAGGAGAAGAAUGGCGUGGCCAAGCACAUCAGCCGCUUCAUCCUGCCCAUCGGCGCCACUGUCAACAUGGACGGGGCAGCACUGUUCCAGUGUGUGGCCGCCGUGUUCAUUGCACAACUCAACCAGCUGCCUUUGGACUUGGUGAAGAUCAUCACCAUCCUCAUCACGUCCACAGCGUCCAGUGUGGGAGCAGCCGGCAUCCCCGCAGGUGGGGUCCUCACCCUGGCCAUCAUCCUCGAAGCCGUCAACCUCCCUGUCGCUGACAUCUCCUGGAUCCUGGCGAUAGACUGGCUGGUAGACCGGUCCUGUACCGUCAUCAAUGUGGAGGGUGACGCCUUUGGGGCCGGACUCCUCCAGAACUAUGUGGAUCGUGUGAAGUUGCAGAGCUCAGAGCCUGAGUUGAUCCAGGUGAAAAGAGAGGUGCCCUUGGAUCCACUGCAACCCACCACAGAGGAAGGGAACCCCCUCCUCAAAUGUCAUCACAGCCUUGCGGGCGAUGCUUUGGCCUGUGAGAAGGAGUCGGUUAUGUGAAGCCCAGGAAGGACUGUCGCAGCCUGCUGGGGACACACUGGACAUGAGCAUCCUGAGGAUCAGAUGACAGACAAGCUGGGGAUUGGGGGGCUGCUGUAUGUACCAGGGAGCCAGAAGCCAGGAGCCGGUCCCCUCCUGGACAGCAGAUGGGUGGACUUGUGUAGUGUCUCCUCAAAGCUCCAGUUGGUUUUUUUUUUGAGACAGGAUCUCGUUAUGCAGUUCAGGCUGGCUUUGGGCUCACUUUGUAGCCCAGGUUGGUUUUGAACCUGCAAUAAUCCGCUUGCCUCAGCCUCCCAAGUGCUGGGAUUACAGGUGUGUGCCACCAUGCCCUGCUCAAAGCUCCACUCUUGAGCUCCUGUCUCCCACCUAAGGCAGUAAUGCCCCCCAUCCCCAGAGCCAGCUGGCCCCCAUCUCAGGGCACAAGAGUCACCCCAUGUCGUUUGCCCCUCUCUGAGGAGGAGGUGGUGGUGAGCAGAUGGUAUAUUGUGAUGGCUGAGGGGGGGAUGGCUGAGUGAAUACUUGUGUCGUGGUGGCUGUUGCUGUGUGUGAUGUGUAUGUUGGGGGGCCAUCUAACUUCGGUAUGUCCCACCUGGUCCCCAGACCAUCUGUCCCUCCCAAUAGCAAACACUCCAGGAGUCCUAGGGCACAGGAUAAAUACUGUCACUCCACAGGACAUUUUUUCAGGAUUAAAGUAUAUUUAAUCAGGCAUUUUAAGAACGUAUGUGAAAUCAUUAGCUGUGACAACAAAAAUAUGUGAUUCACUGGAAGAAAUACCUGUGCAUCAAAAUCCAGCCCUGGACCAGGCACAGUUGUGCACACCUGUGAAUCCCAGCUACUUUGGGGCAGAGGCAGGAGGAUCAUAUAUGUUCAGAGGCAGCCCAGGCAAUGCGGUGAGACUCUGUGACCGAGGGUGCUGCCUAGUGGUAGAGGCACCUGUGUUCAAUCCUGAGUACUGCAAGCAGUUACAGUCCCUCCCUGCUGGAAAACUGUUGGGAGCCGCAGCCCCGAGCCCGGUCGCCUCACUUGGCGGACGUGAGGCCUGUAGUAAAGAGUAAAGCCUGAGGUAGAUUACCCCUCCCAUCGAGCACGUUAGUUUCCUGCUUACCGCGUAAGCAACCCGCUCAACAAUAUAGUCUGCCUGGCAACUGAUGAUGUUAGCCAAUCAGCUUGCCUUGCUUACUUUAACAUGAUUGGACACUGUAUCCGUAUAUAUACUGGUGCCACCCCUGGGGGAGAAGAAGAAGCCCGGAAGUAGAAGCCCAGAAAGAGCCGCGGGGAGCGGACCAAAGGAGGCUUCGGCUGGGAGCGAUCCCAGGGCAGGCUGUACGGAGAAGAAAAAUAAAAGAAAAGGUUGUCCACUGCCA